AUGGCUGCCGUCGCCCCCUUCAACCCCCGACCGCUGCUCCAGAGCCUCGUCGACAAAGACAUCGUCGUGCGCCUCAAGUGGGGCGAGACCGAGUACAAGGGCAGACUCGUCUCCGUCGACCUCUACAUGAACAUCCAGCUCUCCAACACGGAGGAAUUCGUCAAUGGCGUCAGCUCAGGCACACUCGGCCAGGUCCUGAUACGCUGCAACAACGUCCUGUGGAUUGGCCAGGCCGACAGCGUCGAGCCCAAGGCGACCAAGGACACGGCCAUGAGCGGUUGA